GAAAAUCGUGACGAAGCUAUUCGUGUCUGGCGGGAAGACGAGAUUACAUCGGAGCAAUUUUGUUAGAAAGAUAAAAAGAGAAGAGGGAUGAACAUUUUAUUUUCCUGCAAAGAUUGCAAUGCACACGUGCUCUGCGCUUAAAAUCAGAAGGCAGAUGCAAGUUCCUGCAGAUGUUCCGACCACCCACCACCAGUUUCCCGCCCCGUUCACGCAAAAUGUCUCAAUUGUGUCGACGAUUCCUGAUGCAUGGCCGCAAAAGAAAUCGAGAUCGGAAAAGUCAUCGGACAAAUAUGAAAGAGAGAGAGAGAGAGAGAGAAUAAGGCACCUUUAUCCCCCUUUUCUCCUCUCCUUGUCACAUAUAUUGUGCAGCCGGAUCGCUCUUAAAACGUUAUAGGUAACGUCUCUUUUAAGCGCGAGGGCACGUAUAAAGAUGCGCCCGGAUUGUCAGAUGGAGGCUAAUCGCGAUACGUUCCGCCUCCCUGCCCUAUAAAUUCACAUCAUUUCCAGCCGAUUUCAGCGGGGACGAUGUUGAAAUGGACAAGAGAAGUUCCACCGUUUUUAUGUGUAUGUGUGUGUCCUUUCGAUCAGAAACUUUCCGACUGGCACGUGUGCAUUGAAUAUUUCUGCCGACAAUAUAUGUAUUUCGUGUACUAGACGAACGAGAGAGUAUCUGGCGAAUUUUUCUUAUCCCAUCGAUAUUGAUAAGAAAAUGAAAAAAGGCUAGCUUCGAGGUUACAUCCCUAAUACUGUGUACAAAACUUUCCAUCGCGCGAGGAUUAAUAUCUACGCCUACGAGUCUCUCUCUAUUUUUGAGACAUAUGUGAUUAUAUCGCAGCACGCGAGAACAAUAUCUCUUUCUUCGUUCACAUUUUUUUCAACCCGAGACAACCUGCCGUCCAAGUUUCCCGGCGCACGCCAAGCCAGGACGAGCCUAGCUAUGAGUGAAGAUCUAGACAUUAUAAAUCCGUAUAAACAAUGCGAAGAGGCUAUUAAGGAGAUAGAAAAAGAAAACCGUGCGGCGAUCGAGGAUGAUAGUUCUUCCAGAUUGCAGUACACAUGGCUGUCUCAACAGUGCGAGAUGCGAGCCGGCCCGCAGUAUAUACUUCGGAAAUAUACUUUUUUCAAGAACGGCACAUUUCUUCUAUUACGUUAUCAUUACGCCGAAGAGUCGUGCAGCAUAGCGACACAUACUGUCAUAAUUCGGGGUUCCAUAAAGUUACUGAGACCAUCUACCGUCGUUUCAGGCGCUACAGAGACGAGGUUUCACGUAGAUGCCGUUAAUAUUGUACCUUUGACUCCAGAGGUCACUCAAAAGUUUGGACAAAAACUGAAUCUGACUUGCGGUCCCCAACCGAAAUGGCGACUCUAUACUUCCGCGCUGAUUUACGAGCAGCCGCGACAACACUCGGUGACGUCGUUGUGGCAAAGUCCCAACUACAAUUCUUUGCAAGCUACAAACAAGCAGCUUGGUAUCAAUUGUUUGGAGCUCUUUGGAAUUGAAUUCUCCGAACUGAAGCUGUUAAGAGUGCAUAACAAAGUCUCAUCAGGACGUGAUUCAUCCAACGGCACUUGGUCCAAUGAACUUCCACACUUUCAACUUUUAUUGGCCAACCCCGUUCCUAAUGCACAUUCUCGCCGGAAUUAUAAACCAACUUCGUUACAAUCCACUGCACUGAGCCGCCAAGAUUCAAUGACGAAUUGCCCGAUAUGUAGGAACGUAUUUCACAGUACCGAAUCAAGUCCGCCUCUUCUUCAUCAAACCGCAGCUCUACCUGCAAUGAUUGGAGGUAUUUGGCACAGCGAAAGAUGCGAGAGCUCUGCAGGCGGCAUCUGGUUCAGACGGAAAUUUCAGAUAUACUCUGGAGAUGAAUUGUGGGUCGGUCAAUGGGACUAUUACGAUGAUCCACAUUGUUUGAAAUUUUUGUACGGGAUACUCAGGAUAGGAAGUUACGUCCAGCGAGCUGAAAGACAGGAUGAUGAAGAAAUCGAUCAAGAUAUUUUUCCUGAUUACUUUCUUAAUACCACUGGGAAGUUUGUUUUUAAAAGAAGUGUUACCAAUACUAGGACUAUCCGUAGUGCAGAGCUUUAUCAAAAUAAUUUAUAUAAUAAGAAUAGAUCAUCGAAAGAUAAAAAACAAUCUAAACAUAAAAAAACACAAAGACAGGAAAGAUCGGUGCGUGAUAGCGUUCAUCAGUUUGUAUACGAUGCACCAUCCUCCAUAACUCAAUCGAGAUUUGCGGCGAUGUUGCGAGGUCAUCAGACAUACGAGAGCACUACUAGAAAGCCUUUUUCUGCCUCGAAAGUUCUUAUCGGCACUACAGAGUUGGAUCUGCAUAUUAUUAAGAACAUUUUGAUUCCAAGAGACCCCGCGGUAUCCAUUCGUUGCGAUAAAGACCGGUUUGUUUCGCCGCUGACUACCUUGCCAAGAAAUUGCGUUCCCCGCACCAUCGAAACGUCCCCGAUCUUGGAAUUGCGGGCCAAGCUGAGUGUCAACUGGCAUGGCCAGUACAUUUUGCUGUUGGGUUCGCGAGAUGACAAUAUGUGGGAUGCACCUCUACGGCGAUGCGCGCAACUUUCACCCUACAACCCUGCUUUGCGAACGUAUCUUCAAAGAAUCUUAUAUAUUGGUUUAUUCUCUUCGGCAUCAACUAGUCGAAUCUCCGCUUGGUUCCUCUUGUCGCAAAUCUUGCUGUGUUACAUAUAUAACCUUGUACGGUGAUAUCGGGUAUCUGAGCUAUUAUCUUUACCAGAGAGAAACUUUUAGAUUCGAGCACGUGGCGGGAGCAGAUUAAAUAUACGGCGUUUAAACAUUCCAAAUCUCUGUUUGCGUUUUCUCUUGGAAAAUUCCAUAGGAUUGUAAGUUUGUAAAUAUGUAAAUAGAAGAUCGUAAAUCGGGAAUUGAAGAAUCGCAGCGUUAAAAUUGAUAUAAUUAAUCCCCAUCUUUCGUAUAUCUUAUAUGAAAGUAUGAAUAGAUUCGAAAAAGCGUAGCUAAAUGUUAUAUUUGAUGGACGAAAGUAACUAAUUAUAUAUCAUAAGCUUAGAAUUGACAUAUUCUGUUAGUAUAAUUGAUGUACAUAUCUGCGCGCGAUUAUAGCUGUAAAUUAAUAAAAUUGAUUAAGUUUA